AUGGACGGCAUAAGCAAACCAGUUGGCUUCGGAGAGAAUAAUGAGAAUGUGGUGAAGAGAGAGUUGUCUGAUGAUGAUCUUUUUGUUUUAGAGUCUCGGCUCAGUGAAUCUGCUAGUUCAACAAACUUGACUAACUCUCCAUCGCCUCCUCAGAAUUCAAAUCUUUCGAAUAGCCAUCAUAUCAAACCUACCGUAUCAAGGACCACAUCGUCUGGAUCCUCCUAUGUCCAUCGCCAACAUACACCUUCACAUGGGCACGGAUCACGCCAUUUAGCUCAUCAUCAUCAUAACAACAGUGUAUUUCCGCAAAGGACCAUAAAAAGGGAACCAACUGACUCACUCGAGGAUGAUGCCAUCGAGGAAGCAGAGGGUUUUGAAAACAAAAGUCAGUCACGUAAUAAACCUCUGAUUGAACAAGCUUGCGACUCUUGCCGAAGAAGGAAAUUACGCUGCACAAAGGAGUUACCCAAAUGCUCAAAAUGUAUGGAUCACGGAUGGGAGUGUGUUUAUUCACCUCGAGCUGUUCGAUCACCGCUAACCAGAGCGUACUUGACUAAGGUUGAAAAUAGAGUGAAACAACUGGAAACAUUUCUUCUUAAAGCGUUUCCUGGGGAAGACUUAGAGCAGAUGCUAGGAGGGUUUUCAAGAACUGGGUCAAAUAUACAGUCUUCAAGCAAUUCUCCAAACAUGAGCGCCUAUUCACUUCUCUCCCAAAAUAAGCAGCCAUACGAUAAUCCAAGCAGCACGCAAACGAUGCAGGAUUUCUCACUAGACGCCCCAUCAGCUACGGUCUUCAAAAAAGAGACCCCACAACAAAUUCUGUCAAGACUUCCAGAUGAAUUCAUGGCCACCGAGUUAUCAAAUAACACUAAUUUUGAUUGGUCGGAAGAUGAUGAAGAGAGAGAAAAGGGCUUGAUGCUGAAUGGAUCUCCAUCGUCCCCAUCGUCGAUAACGUCUUUACACGAACCGAAAAAUUCGGUGAUUUCUUUCAACUCACUUGACCACCUUCAUACAAGCCAAGCUCAAUCGUCGACUAUCAGUACGAAGACCAACAAUUCGUCUCUUUGUACUUCACCAUAUCUCAGAGCAGUUGCUCCAUCAUUUUCUACAGAUGGGAUGGGAGUCAAUCCUACCACCAAGUCAGGAUUUCUAGGCGUAGGAUCCUCGUCUUCAUUUUUGAGGGUCAUGAAGAUCGACAAGAUUGAUGAAGAAGAUGUUGCAGAUUUUGUGAAUACUGGUGCCACAGACACGGAUUUUGUAAUGGAUGAUUUUGACUUGACAUCUUGCAACAAUAAUACUGACACAAGGAAGCCAUUGAAAUCACCACCGAACGUGCCUAUGAAUCCUCAGAUCAAGAAGCAGAUAGUGGAGGGGUUGAAAAGGGGCUUAGACAACAUGGAACAGAAUAAAAUAGGCGAGGAGCUUGAACAGUACUUGAAUAUGAGGUCGACACAAGAAGAAUUCUUGCAAAGCUAUUUCAGAUAUUACCACACUUCUUAUCCCUUCAUCCACAAGGAAACAUUCAUGAAACAUUACAGAAAGCAAUUACCUGUAAAAAAUGAGGCUCAUUGGCUUGUUCUGUUGAAUACAGUUCUUGCUUUAGGCUGCUGGUGUUUACAUGGGGAUCAUACUACUAUCGAUCUUGCAUAUUACCAUCGUGCUAAGAAAGCAUUGAAUACAGGUGCCAAUGUAUUCGAAUGUGGCAAUAUCAUGUUGCUGAGUGCCUUAAUUCUAUUGAGCAAUUACUCGCAAAAGCGGAAUAAACCAAAUACCGGAUGGAAUUUUUUGGGUUUAGCAGUUAGGAUGGCAAUAUCCCUGGGAAUGCACAAAGAAUUUAAUGAGCAAUCAAGUACUCGGGAAACCCGCAAAGAAGACCUGUUGAAUCUUGAAAUCAAAAGACGUCUUUGGUGGGGUUUGUACAUAUUCGACGCUGGAGCAUCUAUAACAUUCGGAAGACCGAUUAACCUGCCUCCUCCAGAAGUUGUUGAUGUUAAGAUGGUAAGCAACAUAAAUGAUGAUGAGCUCUCUCAGAUCAUUGAGAACAUGGAUGGGUGCAGUACUGUCACAGAGGAAAUGAUCAACAAACCUUAUCCCACGUUAUAUUCCGCCUUGAUUGCACAAACAAAACUCACUUUCCUGACUACACCCUUUUAUUCAAAACUUAUCUCCAAGCCUGCCCCCACAUUGCAAGAGUGUUUCAACAUGAACAUGACCUUGGAAAACUUCAUUAAUGAAUUGCCAGGUUACUUUCAUGAAGAUGAAUCUGUUGCAAAGCUAGAAUUUUUCAGAUCGUUACCGGCAAAUCUUCGUCAAUCGACAAAUGAGUCACAUUUACCUGAAUGGUUUUUGCUCUCCCGGAAUAGACUCAUUUGGAGAUACAGAAAUAUGCAAAUAAUUCUUUUCAGGCCUUUUAUCUGGCAAAGAAUUGUGGGAAUAUCCAAUCCUGAGGUGAUGGAAAGCUGCAAAACUGAGGAAGCUAAGGAAGGAAGAAGAAUUUGUCUCAAGGCAGCUUCUGAAACCAUCAAGUCAAUUGAUAAGUUUGUGAAGGAUAACGAAUCUCAUCUUUCCAUCAUUGCCGUAUGGUAUGCAACAUAUUUCUUGUUCCAAGCGGUUCUUAUCCCGAUAGCUUGUCUGUGUUCUGACUCAUCAUCUUCACAUUCCACUUCAUGGAUGGAUGAUAUCAAUCGCGCAAAAAAUGCCUUGUUUGUUAUGUCAAAAUAUAAUUCAAUGGGAUCCAAAUUGACUAAGGUUAUAGACAAGCUUUUGGGCCAAAAAUCUGCUUCAUCAAACUCGAAGCAAACAGCAUUUGGUGACAGGCAAUUUGCUAGCUAUCCAGUCACGAAAGUCAACAGUACAUCGUCAAACGACUCUCUCAAUAGUCAGCCAGCAAGUUGUUUUUCUAGUCAAAGAUAUCCGACAACGAUGUCUUUUGAUGGACCGAAGCUUACGAGAUUAGCUGAAUCGUCAAAGAACUUCAUGAAUAACGUGAGUGAAGAUAUCGGUGCCCAAAACGUGGAUUCAUUUGUAUCUCUGGACACUUACUUAAACUUUGAUACAAAUAAUACCCCAGAGUCAGCACUCUUUGACUUUGAGAAAAAGAGGAAAUUGUCCAAUGCAGAGAACUCAAUUCUUUACAACUCGUCCAGCACAUCGCUUUUCAACACGGCAAAUACAACCUCAGUUUCCAAUUCCUCUGCUACUCUUAAUAAUUUUGACCUGGACCCUAAUAUGGAGUACAAGAAUAAAGAACACCGUUCUGAUAAAAAGGAGUUAUUGAAUGAUAUCUAUUCAAUGCUUUUUGACGAAUUUACUGAUCCGAUGGCCUUCAGCGUCUAA